AUGUCCCAACUAUCGGAUCCCAGCCAUAACGCGAUACAGGACGAGCCCAAGAGCAGCCAGCGUCAGAACGGCCGCGCCUCGGCCGACCUGAUGAAGGACCUGGCCAUGGCCGAUCUCUCGAACGGCUUCGAAGCCCGAGGCGCCCCGAAAACUCGGCCGCGCAGCGAGACCCAAGAGAUCCAAAAGGCCAGCGCCAAGAGCCAGCUGCUCCAGGACGGCCAGCAACAGCUCAAACCGCAGCCGAAACACGCGGAGGACUCGCAGAGGAGCGCCUCCGUUCCCGUGGUCCUAGCCCACCAAGCCUAUCACGACAACCUCGUGAUCGACAGGGUGCAGUUCGUGUCCCAGGGCCCACCGAUCCAGCCGAUCCCUGUGCACGCGUCCGCGGCCCCCUACGCCCCUCCAGAGUACGUCAUAGCCGCUCCGGACUCGCUUCAGUACUCGCAGCUCCACGGCGCCCUCUACAAUCCGGCUGCCGCGUACGUGUCCAGGGACUCGGGCUUCCGGGAGUCGAGCCUGUACGGGCCGAACGUCGCGAUAGCCUCGGUGGCACCGGGGGCUCCCGCCUUCAUCCAACAACAGCCCGGGCAGGGCCAGCCCGGCCAAGCGGCUUUCUUCGCCAACAAGGCCCUGGGGCUACCCACGUCCGUGGCUGCUGGAUACGUCCACUUUGGGCCGCAAAUUCACUACAGCCAGUACCCCCAGACGGUGGUCAAUGCGGCGCCCUACCCCGGCCCCACUGCCGGUCAGAAGAGCAUGUACCCACCGCAGCAGUACCCCGUACCUCCCUCGCAACAACAAGUGUCGCAAACGUCGUCCGCCCAGCACUCGCCGAACCCGCAGAGGUACUCGCAAGAGAUGUCCCAGUACCCCCAGGCGCAGCCGAUCGGCGCCGAAAGGGUGAGUUCGCGGGGACCCAAGCCGAUGGUGCCACCACGGGUCAAUUCCAAGAUAACCCACGAGGCUGGUCACCGCAAGUCGGCGAGCGUCGACACGGGCCACAACGGCAAGACGAAGGAGGAGACCAGUGCCGCCGAUGGUCAACUGGAGCAGUCGCAGAGCGCCAAUCAAAACUCCUCGCGCACGAGGCAGGACGGUCUGUAUGGGAACGCGAACGGGGACGGAACGUCGAGGGAGCAACAGGGUAACGACGUAGAGGGCGUGGAGCGCAAUAUUUACGUGUCGAGGAACGAGCAUAGGAAGUCGAUUUCGGUGGAUGUGACGAGUGGCCAUCAGCGGCGCAACGAUACGAUAACCUUCACGUUCCCCAGCGACGCCAGCACCCAGCAAGACUCGAUGCUGCCGGUCACGCGCCAACCUGUCGUAACCAGUUCUAACGUACCGGAUCACCAGCCAAUUGACGGUAUUGGUGGUGCAAAUUUGUCCUUCAUCGAGCAAAAGAGGCUAGACAUGAGCGCGGGGUUGCGUAUGUCACCGAUGCCGGUGCUUCCCGCUGCCGUGGCCAUCGUGCCCAAGGGUAUUCUCGUGAACGCGGGGGAGAGAAAAUCCGUCGAGUGGAGCACCCUGAGUCCCAAUCAGCGGGUCGUCUUACCCCAGGAGAACAGGCGGUCGGACUACUUCGAGGAACACCGGAGAUCGCCAAUGACGGUAGAGACGGGCAAGCGGUUCGAGGAGGUGCGGAGGUCCCCAAUGGCUUUCGUCCCCAUAAGGGACACCGGCGUGGUAGCUGAGCGCGCCAACCAGAAGAGCCCGAAUAGCAGCGUGGCGGGGGCGACCCAGAACUUCGAGAAAACCCGCGCGGAGCUGGCCAUGUGGGCGGAGCAACGCCAGCGUCAAGAGAUCGAAACACGGAUGAUCACGCAACCCUCGAACCGCGACAUGUACGUGACGACGAGUCCGCGCUCGCGCAACCAGUCGGAGGAAAGACGGCUGGAGCCCAGUCGGAACUUUGUGCCAUCCCAGAUCGACAAGACCGAUCCCAGAUUGCAGAUGACACCCUCGGCUUUUCAACCAAUCGCCAGCAUCACCCCGACCACGAUAAUGGAGCAGCGCCGCCACCUGCGUCACGUGAGCGCCGAUCUGACCAAGCACCUCGAAUUGCCGCGCAAAGAAUUCGACGAUCAUCUACUGGGUGGUUCGGUCAGCAAUCUGGGCGUUACUCCAUCUGCACCGGUCAUGAUGGCCCAGCGGACGGAUCCCAGUGUGCCGGGAUUCCAGUACGAGCCCAAGCCACCCGAGACCAAGGUUCCGCUGACCAUCGUCACGGAUUUCAGCAAUGAGAUCCCAUCCAAGCCGCUCGAGCAGGUCGACCACAUCAUUCACAGCAGCCACCGCAGGAACAACACUGUGGCACCGACAGUCUCCAGGAGCCACCAGGACGGUGGCUCGCAAGGCCAGUCGGUGGAUCUGGCGUGCAACGUCAAGAGCAACGAUGGCCAUCACCUGGCCGCGCACUCGCAAAUGUUCCAGCAGAACCAGCAGAGCAUCGACUUUAUCUCUGAAAAGCUGAGCCAGUGCGAGAAACAGCAGAGCGACCUGCAGGCGAAGCUGCAGAGCCUGCAGAGCCAGAACGAGAUCCUUGACAAGGUGGCGCAGUACCAGUACCAGCAGAACGACCUACAGACCCGUCUGCACAACCUUCACCUCCAGAACCAACUGGCCGAUCGUCUCAGUCAGAGGCAAUCCUCCGAGUUCUCGCAGAGCAGCAGUAGCACGGGUAUGAGCCACGACGAGCAAGACCAGACCAACAAGUCAAUCCUCAACCAGUGCAUCAACGCCUCGCGCCAACUCUACUCCCACCAGUCGCUUCUGAACGCCGUUGGCUCCCAGCAGCUCCAAGCAGCGGCUUACAUGGGCCCGGCCUCGUCCGAGCGGGUUGUCUCGCCGCGACUCCAGUUCCAGCAGAUGCAGGACGAGUCGGACCUUGCCGAGGCUAUCCAAAUUCCGAAUAUCUCGCAGAUGCCCCUGCCCAGCCUCUCCCAGUUCGACCGAGCUGACGUGCUCGCUCGCGCUUCCUACGCCCAGCUGCAGCGCAUGCACCAGCAGCAACAGGCAAACGACAACAUCAUCGAUCAGGGCAUCCUGACGACGAGCUCCCAAGUGAGCUUGACGUCGGUGGGAAACGCCACAAACUUCACCGGCGCCCUGAAGAAGGUACCGCCGGAAAAGCCGCCGAGAACCUCGCUCAUUGCCCAGUCGCCCGAUACGGAGAGCAACCGGAGCCAACCAGCCAUCGGAUUGAAGCACACAUCCAAGGCAAGGGUGAAAACGAGGGCCAGGAAAAUGGACGACUCGGAGAUCCAAUCGACGGUGGAAUCGAUCCUCGGUCCGGACGUCAAGAUCAUCGACUGCGAGAAAAAGUCGUGCGUCAAAGAGGAAGAGGUGCUGCUGAUAAACGGGGUGCCGAUAACCCUAGACGAGCCCGACGGCGCGGCUAUGCGCGAGGCCAUGAUAACGGGCCAAGUACCGCCCUGCGACCUCCUCAAUCGCAUCCUCAUACGUGCCGGUAUUCAAAGGGUCCCCGUGCGCCUGGAGACGUCGCUGAACGUGAAAUCCUCGAUAAUAACGAAGGAGGAGGUGACGGUGGCACGAGACGGGAAAGUCGUCGACGAGCGGAGCCGCGAGACAAAGGAGAACAAUUGCUACUCGUCGACGACGAGUGAGAUCUGGGAGCCGAUCGGGGUGGUCCACCGGCCGCGCAACCUCAAGCCGUUCGACAGCUCGGACGAGUCGCGGCCCAACUCGAACGCAAGCUCCGACCAGGGCUACACCACCAACACGAGCACGAACAACGUGUUGAGGGAACGUGGUGGCUUCGGCGGUGGCACCAGCGCCGGGGGUACGCACUGCAGCUGCGGCGACGUCGAGUGCUCGCGUGGAUGUUUGUCCACGACCUUUUCUGGGCUCGGGUUGAGCGAGAGUGGGGAUGACGUCGACGCCGAUGUAGGUAAAGCAGGUACCUUGAUUGUGAGAUCUACGUUAUCAGCACCGACGAUCUUCGGUACUGUGGCCUCGGACCUAAAUCCCAAGGAUGGCAACAGUCGCAGGAGCUUGCCGCAGACGCCGGCCGGAAGCUUAGCCGCAAAAGCCCUGGCCGGUGGUAACGGAGCCGGCGGGCCCUCCACCUCCGUUAUGGUCAACGGCUCCGAUCACCGCGACCCCAGGGAUAUUGCCGAGCAGCACGAGCUGGUGUAUCGCGACGGUAAUCUGGUCUCGGGCUCGCUGGAGGCGCUGGUGCAGCACAUGGUGCCCACGGAGGAGUACUACCCGGACCGGGCGUACCUGUUCGCCUUUCUGCUGAGCGCUCGGCUCUUCAUCAAGCCCCACGAGCUCCUGGGCGAGGUGUGCGCUCUCUGCGAGCAUCAGCAGAAUCUCAACGGCGAGGGUGGAAAGGAGCGGCUACAUCGUUUCGUGCCUCGACUGGUGCAGCUGUUGGCCGAGUGGACCGAGACGUUUCCGUACGACUUCCGGGACGAGAGGGUGAUGGGCCACGUGAGGUCGAUUACCCAGAAAGUCGCCAAUGUCGACGCUGCCGCCCGACAGGAGGUCUCGGUGCUCCUGCAGAAUUUGCUGGUCAAGCUCACUGCGCUCGAGAGAUACGAGGAGGCCCUCACCAGGCUCGCCAACGACUCGACCACCGAGUCGCUCUCGCAGGUGGACGUGACGGAGCUCUGCCCCUCGGCGACCGUGCUGGCCCAGCAAUUGACUCACAUCGAGCUCGAGCGGCUGUCCUACAUCGGCCCCGAGGAGUUCGUCCAGGCGUUCGCCAAGGAGUCGCCGCACCUGGAGACAUCCUUCAAGGACAUGAAGAAGACGCGCAACCUCGAGUCGUACGUGCAGUGGUUCAACAGGCUGAGCUACUUCGUGGCCACCGAAGUUUGCAAGCACGCGAAAAAGAAGCAGCGAGUCCGGGUGGUCGAGUACUGGAUCGAGACGGCUCGCGAGUGCUUCAACAUCGGCAACUUCAACUCGCUCAUGGCGAUCAUAGCCGGACUGAACAUGUCCCCCAUAUCGCGGCUGAAGAAAACCUGGUCCAAGGUCCAGCAAGCCAAGUUCUCGAUCCUCGAGCACCAGAUGGACCCGAGCAGCAACUUCAGCAGCUACCGUAGCACCCUCAAGGCGGCGAUGUGGCGUAGCGCCGGCGCUACGGACGAGAGGCAGCGCAUCGUCGUGCCCUUCUUCAGUCUCCUCGUCAAGGACCUCUACUUCCUCAACGAGGGCUGCAGUAACAAGCUGCCCAACGGACACAUCAACUUCGACAAGUUCUGGCAGCUGGCCAAACAGGUGACGGAGUUCAUAGCCUGGAAGCAAGUGGCCUGCCCCUUCGAGAAGAACCCGCGGGUCAUAGCCUUCCUCCAAGCCAGCCCGGUCCUCACGGAGAACGCCCUGGCAUUGGCAUCUUUCGAGUGCGAGCCGCCGGACAACCACGAAAAGGAACGGUACAAGGCACUCAAGUCCGAGCUGAGCGGCCAGUGAACAUUUGCUACUCCGUCAACAAAGUACUACAGCGAGCAGCAGUGGAGCGAGAGAUACUGAAAUAAUAACGCGUGACGAGCAAGUCGGAAAGAAGGAGCCAGCCCCUCUGUUCUCGCGCACCUUAGCCCUGGCAAUUUCAUCAUUCCUUUUUCUUCGUUCCCCCGUCUCUUUCUGCACUUACUUCAUUCCAGCUGCAGCGCAGAGACAACAUUCGGGCUGGAAUCGAAAACUUGUCCCGAGAGCCGCUUGUCACGAGAGCGUCAAGUGCAGGGCAAAGGAGACCGAGGGUAUAGGCUACUUCUUCUUCCACGUGCACCUCUAUAUACCUGUUUCGCUCGUCUCGCCAGCCCCACUUGGAUACCCGCUUCGUGUGCAUUUUUUUUUUUUUCGCAGACACACUUUACUACUCCGUCUCGUUUGAUUACGCGUGUAUUUGCGUAUACGUGGAUGAGAAUUUUCCGUCUUUUCUCUUUAACAACGAUUUUAUAUGACUUAUUGGAUACUGUCGGCACUUUUUUUUUUAAUUUACGUAUGGGAACGCGUAUGUGUACGUAGGACGAAGAAUUUCACGCUGUUCGCUGCGCUGAGCGUGGGACUUUUUUUUUUUUUUUUUUUUUUUUGGGAAACUACCAA